GCCUCGGCCAGCAUACCAUCGCACGGCUGUAAAUCUCUGCUAAUUCGAGCCGUUUUGAAGGCCUCUCCAUCAAUGCUGAACUUUUGACAGCGCUCGCGCGUUGAAAAGCCCAGUCACUGGGAGAGCACCAUGGCCCAGCAGCCUCAGUGGACCAGCCGCCCAGAAAUCGACACGAACUACGCGUACACCAACCACCGCGCCCAGAACGUGACCUGCCUCGCGACGCAUGGCACGAAACUGCUCGCCGGAUCGGCCGACGGCCGCAUCACUAUAUACGACCUCGAGAAACGCUCGGAGAUCGCGACGACGCCGCGGGACCGCAGCGGCCACGACCGAAGCAUUGUGGGGUGCUCCUGGUUCCACGACGGCGGAGUCUUCGUGAGCGCGUGCUGCGCGGGCAAUGUCGUGGUGUGGGACGCCAAUACAAUGAAAGCCGCGUGCCGCUUCGACCUGCCCGCCCUGGCUUCCGCGGCGCUCUCACCCAUGUCGACGGGCCCGACGGCGGCCGUUUGUGCGGUAGGGACGACUGACGGCGCUUGUAGGCUAUGCGACGCGCGGAGCGGAGCGUGCCACUCUUCUCUGAGUCACGGCCGGGGCCCCGUCUCUGCGUUAGCGUGGCACCCUUCCAAUGACACGUUGCUCACGGCGGGCGCCGACGGCGCGGCCCACCUCUGGGACGUCCGCACUUUGAAGAAGCGCGGGUCGCUCGACCGGCACGACCUGAGCGGGGCUCCUGCUUCCAUCAAUGAUCGGGUCGCGAAGACGGCCCACGACGGCGGGCUGCGGCUCGCGGCCUUCUCUGGCACAAAGUUAAUAACGGCGGGCGCCGACGAGAGAUUAAGGGCCUGGGACGCGGACUCGGGGGCUUUCGUUUCGGACGCGUUCGCGCCCGUGCAAAUACGAGGGACGCGGUCACCGGCGCCGCUCCAGGCAGCCUUCCUCGAGGGCUCGGCUUUGAUCCCCGACGGGCGCCACGCGUCUCUUUUAUCAUUGGAUUCGGCGAACGAGGCGUGGCGGACGCCGGAAGCGGGCCACGCGGGCGGCGUGCGCGCCUGCGCGGUCGCUCCUGGUGUCAAUCGUUUCGUCGCGUGCGACGACCGCGGCGGCCUCGUCGUCUGGCGGCCUGCUCUGGUUGUGGAGCCCGCAGUCGAGGACGACGAUACGCCUCAGAUCCGCGUCGACGUCGCGCUCGCGGCCGAGGCCGACGACGCCGACGACUUCGAUUCCCUGCGGCGCGAGUUCGAGGAAUCGCGCCGGGCGGCCGCCGAGGACCGGCGACGCGCGCGCGAGCGGCCGGAAGAGGAGGAGCCGCGCCGCCGCCGGCGGCGGCGCGUCGGCGACGUCGUGCGGCGGGCGACGGAUCGAGGUGCGUGA